AUGACACUCGAUUCUGAUAUCGGAAUAAGAAGAUAUAGCCGAAACAAAAACAUUGCCUGGAUGAAUACGGGAAUAGUUUCCAGAUUUGCUACACUUUUGAAAUCAUCACAUUUGAUCAACCAAAUCCUGGGUCUGUUUGGAAGCCAGGGAAGAGGGAGGGGGAAGGGCAAAGGGGAGGAGAAGGGGAAAGGGAAGAAAGGGGUAGCGGGAGGUGGCAUUGGAAGAGGUGCUGGUGGACGAGCCGAUGGUGGUGCUGGAGUUGAAGGAGGUGCAGGUAGUGGUGCUGGUGCUGGUGGUGGCGUUGGAGGAGGUGCUGGUGGAGGAGCAGGUGGUGGUGCAGGAGGUGGGGCUGGUGGUGGCAUUGGUGGUGGUGCCGGAGGUGGAGCAGGUGGAGGCAUGGGAGGAGGGGCUGGAGGAGGCCUUGGCGGAGGUGCUGGAGGUGGGGCCGGUGGUGGAGUAGGGGGUGGAAUAGGCUGCUGGGCUGAUGGGAGGCUGCAUUGCGUUGCUGCUGGGAUGAAGAAGAAGAAGAUAUGA